AUGGGUGUUCCUAAGAAAGCAAAAUUAUCAAAGAAAGCAAAAAAAGGUUCUGACGAUGACUCAUAUCAGGAAGAAACAAAUGAUUUUUUAUCUGGAGACGAUAACAAAAAAAAGGUUAAGAAAUUAAAAAAAGAUAAUAAUGACGCGGAAAAAGACGUAAAACCUGAACAAAAAAAACUCUCAGGACAUCUAAAUAGACCUGGCCCUUCUGCGCUUGGAUCGAAAGAAUUACCCGAAGGAGAAGAAAAUUGUCUUCAAUUAUCAUCUAUCACUAGGGAAAAAGCACAAGAUCUUGUGAAACAACAUGGAGGAAGAGUCACAACUUCAAUAAGUAAAAAAACUAGCUUUGUUGUCGUUGGAGAAGAUGCUGGACCAGCGAAAUUAGAAAAGAUUAAGACACUCAAGAUCCCAACAUUAGAUGAAGAUGGACUUUUCAAUCUAAUCAGGGAAUCACCUGGAAAUCCUGAACCAAGCUAUGUCGAAAGUUCUACUAAAGUCAGCAGUAGUAGAAAGGGUAAAGCAGCUGUAAAGUUUGUUCAAGAACCUAUUGGACAAUCAUUAUCAUCUGAAACAACUGAUUCGAAGCACCUAAUAUGGGCUGAUAGGUAUCGGCCUACUUCUCUCGAGGAAUUAUGCGGAAAUAGUACUUCUAUAAAAACUUUGAAAGCAUGGUUGCAUGACUGGGAAACGAAUUUCAAAUUAGGUUUUAAAUGUAAAACCAAUGGUAAAUAUCCUGCUGUGUUGAUAUCCGGUCCACCAGGAAUUGGAAAGACAACUGCUGCUCAUCUUGUUGGUAAACAUGAAGGCUAUGACAUUAAAGAAUUCAACGCUAGUGACGUUCGUAAUAAAAAGACCUUGGAUUUGACUAUCAGGAUUGCCACCGGCAACAUGUCUAUUGCUAGUUUUUAUAAUUCAAAUGAUACAAAUGAUGCUACUAAAGAGGAGCCUAAACCACCACAUACCAACCGAACUUUAAUAAUCAUGGAUGAAGUUGAUGGAAUGUCAUCUGGUGAUAGGGGUGUUGAUGAAAUCAUCAAAGGAACAACCACGGAUAUACGUCAAGUCAUGAAUUUAUUAUCAUGUUGGAAACUUUCAGAAGAUAGCAUUGAUUAUAAUCAAGGAAAACAACUAAUAAAGAACUCGGAAAAGGAUAUAGUCUUAAAUAUUUGGGAUGUGGCAGUAAAAUUAUUGGAUCCGGUCACCUGGUCAUCUAGAAACGAAGUCUCAUUAAAUGAGAAGUUGAAUCUUUAUUUUCAUGACUCAGAUUUGACACCCUUGAUGAUACAGGAUAGGAAUGUCGAUCCAGAACUUCUUGAAGAAUUUGCAGUGAUAAAUAGUUUAAGCAAGGCUGCUAGCUUCAUAUCUGAAGGAGAUUUAAUUGGCGGAAUGAUACAUGGAUCCCAACAACGAUGGUCCUUGAUGCCUUUUCACGGUAUGGCAUCAACUGUAAUACCUAGUUAUUAUUCUUGUGGUAGAGGUGGUGGUCUUUAUCAAUUCCCUAGUUGGUUAGGACAAAAUAGCAAAGCACUGAAACAUAAAAAAAUAUUGAAAAGUAUUCAAAGCAAAUUAAGAUUAAAAUGUAAUGCCAAUAAAGAUGAAAUUAUUCUAGAUUAUAUUCCUGCCUUGCUUACAAAAAUAUAUUACCCUUUAAUUGGUGAUAAUGUGGUAGAGGAUAUUCAAAAAGUGAUCGAUUGCUUAGAUGAAUAUAAUUUAACAAAAGAGGAUUGGGAAUCCAUUAUCAGGUUGGGUAUGAGAAGCCAAUUUGAAACUGCAAUGAAAAAAAUUGGCUCGAAGACUAAAACCAAUCUCACCAGAAGGCUAGUAUUAUUACUUUUUUGA